AUGGUAGCUUGGGCAGCUUUAGGCGCAAUGGGAACAAAAGCAUUAGCAUUUGGAGCAAAAGCACUUGGAGCUUAUGACGCAGUAAAUAAAAUGAGUGGAGGAAGGGUUUCAAAGACAUUAGAUGCAAAUAAAGGAAAGAUUGGAGGCUGGGUUGCAAAGAAGUUAAGAUUAAAUAAAAUGGGGCUCAUAAAUAAAGCAUCCAAUUUGGUUGCGACUGAGUCAGAAAAUGCUUUAGGAAAGGACGAUGAGUUUGCAAAACACGCAAAAGACUUUAAUGACCAGAUGAAAGGUGAAACAAUGCAUUUAAAUAGAGUCGAUGGAACUAAAGAAAAUGUUUCUUCUCCACUAGUAGUUCUUCCAUACGGACCUUAUGGAAUGUAUGGAAACCCUUAUGAACGACCAUUUGACCCAUUGACUGGUGGAAGUAACUGGUAUCAUUACGGACGAAGAAGAAAGACAGUCAAGUUGGAGACAGACGUGAAGAAAGCAACUAAAAAGAAACCAAGGAAGAGAGUUAUAAAGCAAUGA